AGAAAUUGUGAUGAACAUGGAGGAAAGAACAAUAACGACACACACCAAGAGUCAUCUAUACAUAAACAGAUUUUCCUAUCUGCCCACCCCCACUUGUGAUCCAUCAUCACUGUGGGGGAUAUAUUUAAAUGACAAUACUUUAUGCUGUGCAAUCACACAGCAGUCCUUUCUUUCUUUCUUUUUUAUAAAGCACAGUAGCUUGGCUCAGGGACAGCACUGAAUGGUAAUAGAGUCUGAUGCCAACACAACCAUGGGAAAGAUCAUAUUUUACGAAGACAGAAACUUCCAAGGGCGCUCUCAUGAGUGCAGCAGCGACUGUGCCGAUCUUCACACCUACUUCAACAGAUGCAACUCCAUCAGGGUGGAGAGUGGCUGCUUCAUGGUGUAUGAGAGGCCCAACUACAUGGGCAAUCAGUACUAUCUGAGGAGAGGAGAGUACUCUGAUAACCAGCGUAUGAUUGGCAUUAAUGACUGUGUCAGAUCUUGCCGUAUGAUCCCCCAGCACCAAGGUUCCUACAGGAUGAGGCUUUACGAGCGUGCUGACAUGACCGGGCAGAUGCAUGAGCUAGUCGAUGACUGUCCAAAUGUCCAAGACCAACUCAGCAUGUCUGAUUUCAACUCCUGCAAUGUGAUGGAUGGCCACUGGCUACUGUACGACCAACCUAACUACAAGGGCAGAGUGUACUACCUGAGGCCCGGAGAGUAUCGGAGGUACAGUGACUGGGGAGGCAUCAGCCCAAGGAUCGGCUCCAUCAGAAGAAUCACUGACUUCAACUGAAGUCAAGCUUCAUUUAAAUGCAUCUUUCAAUGACUUGAACUGUCUGUUUUCCCAAUAAACUUUAUCUGCUGAAUAAAACAAGCAUCUUUUAUUUCCAUGUAUCACUACAAAGCUUCAUUACUAUUUUGCA